AUGGGUUCUUCCUUUUCGUCGUGGCGCGAGCCGUUGGUUCAUCAUGCCGGCGAUAUGACUGGCAGCACUGAUAGAGGGCUGCAUCAGCUAUCGAUGACUUCAAGAAAGAUCCCUCAAAUUCCGAACAAAAAAACGGUCAAGCUAUGCAUUCGAUGCAAGAUGAUCAAUAUGAAGGACUUCUUUGACCAUGAAGCCCCCAGCAUGGCUCGAAAACCCAAUCAAUUGUUGUACCUUGGAAAACUAAAGCAGGAGACGAAAUGCGUACUUUGUCAGUUUUUCUAUUCGAUGCGAUGUCAAAAAACCGAAUCACAUGACGAAACAGAGGUCUACACCUUGCGAUCGUUCUUGUUGGGGAACGUUUAUACACCCUCUGUGGCCUACUUUGCCUCGCACUAUGCUCCUUCUAUGGUGCUGUGUGUUAUCCCCGGCAAAGCCAAGGGCUCUGAGGACGGCCUCUUUCGUUGGACCAGGGGCAAUUGUUACAUUAAGGUUCUAUCAGAAAUCGGUUGGAUAGUUCCACAGUCCUUUACAGCUGCGCCAUUCUUCAGCCACAAGAAACCAAGCCUAAGCGCGUUGCCUUUUUCGACAACAUCCAUCAAUUAUCCUUUACUACGGGCAUGGUGCGGACAUUGUGAGACUCACCACGACACAUGUGCCUCAGCUAGGAAGGCGAAACACAUGUCCGAUAAGCAAGGACUCGGGCCUGCGGUCCGGUGUAUUGACUGCCACACGCGCGAGAUCGUCGAGAUACAGACCUCGGACAGAUACUUCGCUCUCAGUUAUGUUUGGGGUGAACAGCCCUCCCCAGGGAGCGGAUGCACUUCAGGCGCCAGAGAAACAGCCUCGGUACGCGGUGCACGACAGCUUCCUAAUGUUAUACCAAAGGUCAUCGAGGAUGCAAUGAUUGUCGUGGCAAAUCUUGGCGACCGUUACCUGUGGGUUGAUCAGUAUUGCAUUGAUCAAAACGAUGAGGACGACAAGCACGCUCAAAUCGGAAACAUGGCUGCUAUAUAUGAAGGCGCUUAUGCAACGAUUGUGGCAUUUUCCACCCCAGACUCUGCUUCUGGUCUGCCUGGUGUCAGGAACCUAGCAAGAAAGCCGUACCCCUCGGUGGCACAUCCAAAGCAUCCUCUUUCUGCGCUUCGACCAAGUGUUAUCAGUUCUCCAAAGCUGGCCAGCUCUUCAGUCUGGAUGACAAGAGGAUGGACUUAUCAAGAAGCCAUACUGUCACGCCGUCUUCUGAUCUUCACCGAUUACCAGGUUGAGUUCAUCUGCUCGGAUGCUGUGUGGCAUGAAUGUACUCUUCCCAUACCUCUACCGCCCAAGAUCAACUUGUCGUAUGGCUCUGAGAACUUCCUCGAAGCAAUCACACCAAUGGAGAGAUCAGCUGACAAAAUUCCGCUGCACAUGGCCGUCCUCAACAAAUGUAUUGAAGAGUACAGUGGGCGUCGCUUAACUCAUCAAUCCGAUGUCCUGAACGCUAUAACUGGCUUGCUUUCACGCAUAUCAACACUUACAUACUUGGGUAUUCCAAUCCUCCAACAACUUGAGUUGACCGCCAUUCUUCCACUCAGGCAGUCUGCUACCUCUAAGCAGGCACUAUGGCGAUUUCUCGCUGGCCUCGCCUGGUGUCCCGCCGACAAAGAAGGAAUACCUCUACGGAGAAGAGAUGCCUUUCCCAGCUGGUCAUGGCUCGGCUGGGAAGGACGAAUCACAUUCCCAUCACUAAUUGCCUUCGAUGGAAAAAGCUUUUCUCCACAUGCACCCAGAGCCUGCGCAAGUGUUUGGAUCGCGAACCAGGUCACCCAAACCAAGGGCGAAACACUUGUGCCUCUUGUACACCUUCUGGAGGAAGCACCAUUGGGCAAGGAGUCCACGAGUAUUCUACCUCAUCUAACCAACUACCUUUGGGUGGAAGGCGCGGUAAUCAAGAUGGCAUUUACCAAGGGGCGUGGUGAUGAAAGCGGGGUUCUCGUACCCAAAAGUUUUCAUCCGCCGAUGAGGUCACGGUCCGACAAGACCAGGAUAUCUUUCCGAAACUGUAGUUCUGACCGCCCAAGCCAAGGGACUGUGUAUCAACGAAUUCUGACAGAGCAAUGGGAUUGUCUCUUGCUUGUAACCAGAGACAGUUUUCCGUCUCAGGACGCCUAUUUCCUUAUUCUAGACCAGGUACAGGGGGACGAGACCACAGAAGCUGAGAAUUGCCACUACGCGGUUGGGUCGGCCGAGCUGGUCAUUUCGCUAAGAGGUGGUGAUCCACCAUGGGAUGACCCCAGUCUGCGACGCAAGAUCAAGCUAUGCUAG